AUGGACAAAGAUUUCAAGCCACACUUGCUCAUGAUAUUAGGCCAGUUGGGCUAUACAUUGUUAUAUUUUAUUACUGAAGCUUCCUUCAACCAUGGAAUGAGUCCUUACGUCUAUGUUACCUAUCGCCAUGUUGUUGCUGGUUUUGUGAUGCUUCCUAUUGCAUACUUUCUAGAAAGAAAUGUAAGACCAAAGCUGACAUUUUCUCUUUUUACGGAAUUUUUUGUGCUUUCAGUCUUAGGGGUAAGUUUGACUCUGAAUAUGUACUUUGCAAGCUUGAAGUACACUUCUCCAACAUUUAUUUCUUCCAUGGUCAACUGCAUAGCUUCCCUUACCUUCAUUAUUGCAGUGGCUUUCGGGUUUGAGGUUCUAGAUCUUCGAAAUCCUCACGGUAUAGCAAAAGUGUUUGGGACCUUCAUAUCCUUAGCCGGUGUUAUGACCAUGACACUCUACAAAGGACCUAUUAUGAGCAAUUUGUGGCGUCCUCUAAUUAAUAUUCAACCAACAAGUGAUAAUUCUGUUUAUGCGAGCGAGUUAAAGGGUUCACUUCUUACCGUUUCAUGCUGUGUUACAUGGUCUAUAUGGUACAUUAUGCAGGCAUCCACUCUAAAAAGAUACCCUGCUCAAUUAUCACUCACUACAUGGAUGUGUUUUAUAGGAGCAGCACAAUCAGCUGUUUUCACAGUGAUAGCAGAACAUAAUAACCAUACAGCAUGGAUUAUAGGGCUCAACAUUGACUUAUGCUCCACAAUAUAUGGGGGAAUUGUUGUUAGUGGUUUGUUGAUGUACAUUCAACUAUGGUGUACUGAGAAAAAAGGACCAGUUUUUGUCACAAUGUUUAACCCUCUUAGCACCAUAUUUGUGGCAAUUCUGUCAUUCUCUGUCUUUGGUGAAAAACUUUAUUUGGGCAGCAUCAUAGGUUCAUUUAUUGUCAUCAUGGGUCUGUACUUGUUGCUGUGGGGGAAAGAAGGUGACAGAGAGGUUGAUUUCAAGACCAAAGGUAAAUUGCAGUGCAAUAGUGAAAAUCCAGAAUGCAGAAUAUAG